UACUUGUGUGGUAUGUUAUUGUGUAAAUAAAGCUAAAUUACACAAUAUUUACAACGUUUUGAUGCUAUUUUUUAGUGUAACUUGUAAAAACCAUGGCUUCUCGAUUCAGUGGUGCGCUGCAAUUGACGGACCUUGACGAUUUUAUAACUCCAUCGCAGGAAUGUAUAAAGCCAGUGAAAAUAGAGAAGAAACAAAGUAAGACAGGUGCAAAGAUCAAAAUUGGUGAUGAUGGCUACUUUGACCUGUCGAGUGGCAAAGAACAGAAGUUGCAGAAGGUUGAGAUAACCUUGGCUGAUUGCCUGGCUUGCAGUGGCUGUAUUACCUCUGCAGAGAGUGUGCUUGUUACAAGACAGAGUCAGGAGGAGUUGUUAAGAGUAUUUUCGGAGAGGAAGUACACUGACACAAAAGGCGUAACGCGUGAAGUAAGCUUGGUUGUGAUAUCCCUGUCGCCUCAACCAACCCUGUCCCUCGCAGCACGGUACAAGAUAGAACCUGAGGAUGCUACGCGAAAGUUAGUUGGUUACUUCAAAAGUCUGGGCGCGGAUCUAGUACUCGACAUGACGGUAGCGGAAGACAUGUCAGUUUUGGAGGCGCAGCAGGAAUUCUUGCAGCGUUACCGCGACCAGCAGAACGACCCCAGCGAAAAACACCUGCCGAUGCUGGCCAGCUCAUGUCCUGGUUGGGUUUGUUACGCUGAGAAAACGCACGGAAACUUCAUCCUCCCAUACAUUUCGAGUACGAAGUCCCCGCAGCAGAUAAUGGGCUCUAUGGUAAAGCAGCACCUGUCCUCCAAGCGGGAGUUGAGCCCAGGCGGGGUGUACCACGUGACCUUCAUGCCGUGCUACGAUAAGAAGCUCGAGGCGUCGAGAGAGGACUUCUACAGCGACAUAUUGAGCUGCCAUGAUGUCGACUGCGUUAUAACUGCUAUUGAAUUGGAACAAAUGUUGGCCAAUAGCAGUAAAUGUUUGUCGGAAAUCGAAGGCUGCGAUUUGGACUGGCCAUGGGGCGACGCAGAAAAAACGGGUAUAAGAAGCCACGUGGGCUCAGGGUCGGGGGGCUAUGCAGACCAGAUUUUCUUGUAUGCGGCCGAACAGUUUUUCGGGGAGACAAAAGCACCAGUGAUAUAUAAAAAUUUAAGAAAUCCGGACUUCCGAGAAGUAACCUUAGAGAUGGACGGCAAAGAAGUGUUAAGGUUUGCGAUCGCGAACGGCUUCAGGAAUAUACAGAAUCUCGUCCAGAAACUCAAGAGAGGGAAGUCGCCAUACCAUUACGUGGAGGUGAUGGCGUGUCCUUCAGGUUGCCUGAACGGCGGAGCGCAAAUCCGGCCAAUCAACGGCGAGAGCGGCAGAGACCUCGUCGCGCAACUACAAGCUAUGUACACACAACUCCCUUUAUCGCACCCCUCGCAGAACAAGUUGGUCAAACAGCUCUACAACGACUGGUUAGACGGGAAGGAGUCUGACAAGGCGAAGGCUGUCUUACACACAAGCUAUCAUGCGUUGGAGAAAAACGAUAUAGCGCUCAAUAUUAAAUGGUGAUUUUAGACUGUAUUGCCUUGCAAUAAAGUCUAUAAUAGUUAAUUUCAUUAUUGGAUAUACCGUAAAGAGGAGACGCCAUAUGAAACCUGUUUAGUUACGCGGAACGAAGAAGAGCAAGCGGAAGGGAGACUAAUGCCCGUUUUCAGUAAACCUAGGCAUCGCCUGUCGAAUACCUAAUGAUUUAGGCGAAGUCUGUAAUAAAACGUUGUACGUUAAAAAAAAACGUUUCACCAACUCUUAAGUGAUACAAUUGGUGAACGGCUGAUGUAUGUCUAGGGGUCUCCUUAGAUUGCGUUGCUUGUUUAGGCAUUGCCUUAUUCUUCGUUAGUGAAAACGGGUAUAAAAGCGUUGCGGAGUGAGGAUGUCUCUUAUCAAAACUAUUUCUUAACGACAGCCGAUUGGCGCAGCAGGCUCAGUCAGGCACAGUCCAAAGCUGUGGGUUCGAUUCCCACAAAUGCAAAAAUUUUAAAAUAAUAAAUAUACUACGACAAUACACACAUCGCGAU